AUGAGUUCGCAACAGAAUAAUUUAUUCAAGUUUUCCAACCUUCACCUUCAUCUCCCCAAAUCAGCCAAACUUCGCUCUGCUGGAAUAUACACUGCAGGUGCUUUAUUCUCAAUUGGGUUUUGGUCCUUAAUUGAUGCGCUGAUCUAUUCGAAAACAGUUAAUGCGCUGGACGUCCAUGUGACAUUUGUUGAUUGGAUCCCUUUGAUAUGUUCUUCGUUGGGUAUGCUUAUUGUCAACUCCAUUGAGAAGGGUAACCUUAUGAAUCGUGACUCAGAUGGAUUUGGAACUACUGGAGGACGUGGUGGCGGCGGGUUUGGUCUUGAUGAUGGGGGUAAUUACGUAUGGGCAGCAAGAAUUAUCUUGUUUUUAGGAUUCAGCUUAUUGGCUGGCGGCGUUGCUGGUAGCUUUAUGGUUUUUAUCCUCAAAUAUUUGAUGAAACAUUACAGCUUCCCCACUUUGGGUAUGGGAGUUGCGAAUAUCGUAUGCAAUGGAUGCGUUAUGUUGAGUUGCAUUAUAUUGUGGAUUUCACAGAAUAUCGAGGAUGAAUAUAGUUAUAGCUUAGCUUUAUAG